CUCAAAUCGGACGGAACCCCCUGCUACUCGAAGUCCAGAUAUUGUGAAUUCAUAGUUACGUGAUAGCGUGAUUCAGAUAAACGAGAUACGUGGUAACGGGGUUUGGAUAGGAGUAGGUAAUAACUGAAUAGUGAUGUCGAGAUUUUUUGUGGAUUGUGAAUAUAAUAUAGUUUCGUUAUAGCGAGUUUCGGAUAAAAACGGAAAUAGUUCCGAUAUACGUGUUAACGGGGUUUGGAUAAAAUCUUUUUCGAAAUUGUGUCUUGUUCUUUGUGUAGAGUGAUUCAAAAAGCUUCAAGUUAUCCAAGUUGAUGUGUAUCAUUUUUCACGUCGUUAGAACUGCUAUUUACUACUGCUGUGGAAAAUGUUAUAAAAAUGUUAAGUAGUGUGGUUAACAUCGGAAUUUGAACAAUUUUGGAUGCCAUUUUGUGUACGCCGAUAUGAUAGCCUUCCUGCUAAUUCAGCUGAUACAUCUUUCCACUAGCGCCACUCCCGAAACAGUGGAUACGAUCGAUUUGAACCUUCAUCAGCAUCUGGAUAUGCAUUCUGAUAUCCAAGUGACAGAAAUGGCGACAACGGAGGGAGUGAUUGGAGGUUACUUUGAAGGAAUACAUUACUCACAUCAGCCAUAUUUUGACAACUCAACUCAGAGAGAGAUUACAACCACUAUAGGACAGACUGCUCACCUGCCAUGUCGUGUUAGGAAUCUUGCCGAUAGAGCGGUGAGUUCUAUCAAAAGUCUUAUUUGA